AUGACAGCGCGUUUGUUGCAGGCCAACUGUGUUCGUGACAAGUUCCUACACCAGGGGCUGCUGGCGCUGGAGGCGCGCGGCGCCAAGGACACGCCGCUUCUUUCCAAGGAUGCCGUGCGGCAGGUUUUGCCGAGAAUUUUGGCUUGUACAAAUGAGCUCUCAUCUUCUAUAAAGAAACUGACUGAAAACGCUGAAGGAAAAGUGAUUAUCUCUGGAAUUGUUUCUGACUUCCUAGUCAAGGUUUUGGUGGAAGCUGUUUUGGGUUAUGAUGAGACUGAGAAGGCCAUUGAUGUUAAACAAUUCUCAAACUACUUCAGUCAGGCGUUUGUUAAUGACAACCCUGAUUCACCUCUUGCAGCAUUUCCUAUGAUCUACCCGUCUCUUGUUCCCUUGGAUAAAUUUGUGUUGAAACCUAAAGCUGCAAAAUACUUCACUUCAUUACUACUCUGCAAAGUGCAGGAGAAAGCAAAUGCUGAGAAAAAGGAUCGUCAACCUGACUUAAUGGACUUACUGCUGGAACUUCACCAAGCAUCAAAGAAGAAAGAUUCUGAAGAAGAAAGCAAGAAUGAAGAAAAUGUUCUUGAAACCAAGGAGUUUGUAUUUGUCCAGAGCUUAGCUGUUCUUCUCAAUGCUUCUUUGACUGCCCGCUCACUGACAACCAUGGGAACUGUCAUGCUAGGAGCCAAUCCAGAAUUGCAAGAGCGUCUUCAUGCAGAAUUGUAUCAGAAACUAGAAGCUUCUGAUGAGUUUGAUUUGGUUCACAACUCUGAAUACCUAGACAUGUUUAUCUCAGAGGUGUUGCGCCUCUACCCAGUUGAAUUCAGAUUGGAACGAGAAUGCUGCGAGACUUUGGAGUUAGAGAAUGCAAAAAUUGAGAAAGGAAUGAUUGUUACUAUUCCUACAUAUGCUUUGCAUCGGCAAACUCAGAUUUAUGAAGAGCCUGAAAAAUUCAAUCCAGAGAGAUUCUCACGUGAUAACAAAGAGGCACGAGACCUGUUUGCAUUCCUACCUUAUGGUCAGGCUGGUAACAGCACAGCCAACAUCAGCAUUCAGUGGAGUGUCCUUGUUGCCAAAUUAGCAAUUGCUGCUCUUGUCAAGAAAUUCAAAUUCUCCCCUGCAGAAGGUGCCAAGCUUCCUCCAACCUUUGAGCCUGGUGUAACAGGGGUGCCUAUCUUGCAGCCCCAGACUGUUGUUGCUGAGAGUCGCAAGUAACAAGUCUUCAACACACUUAUUUAUUUUAUAUUCACUUCCACUCAAUGUGAACAAAGUUUAACUAUGCCAAUUUAAAAGUUACACUGAACAUCAUUGAUAAAUGCAUUUGAUAUUUUGUAUGCUCUAGAUAUUUGGCAUCUUUGUAAUCGACUAGAUUUGUUCUUUUUUUUUUAAUGAUUGUAACUUUCAUAAAAGAAUUCAUUUUGUGGAAAAUAAAUAUUUAAUACUCCA